AUAGGUGUUUGCUAAAUAAAUUAACAAAUAAGUAACAGCUAAAGUACAUAUGUAUACAAUGCGUUGUGUAGAUAUAACCACUUGAGUGAAGUAACUCUUCAUACUUAUUCUCUAAAGAAAAAGAGAAAAGGAAGAGGAAAAAUAUAUUCGUUGGCGGUUUCUUAACGAACUAAAGAUUUUUUGUCAUUGAAUUGUUGAUUGCUUGAAGCAAAUUUGCUCACUGUUUACGAGUUCUGUGCAAGAGUGUCAUAAUAAAUUAGCUCCAACCAAAUGUCACGAACAUCGCGUUACCCGUGACAGUGCUUUUGUUUGCUAUAAAUAGAAAAAGCAUAUUAUGAAAUUUUUAAAAAAAUUUUUCGACAUCUUUAAUGAGAAUUAAAAGGAGACCCUAAUGUAGACUGAUUCUGAUCUUGCAUCUUUUGAAAUUUGCUUUUUAUUUUGUAAAUCAAUGCCAAGAUAUUAGACAAUUUCACCAUGGAACUGAAUAAUGUGGGAAACAAUAAAAGUUCCAUACACAUGGCAAUAUCAUUUAAAAAAUUAUGUUUGGCAACAGUGUCCUUACCUCUUGUGACACUUUUAGUUUGUUUUGUUACAGCAUAUAUCUUUCAACAAGAUGAUAUCCACGAAACACACUGCAGGGUUUAUAAUGUACUUCCAUCAAUCUCAGCUAUUACUGGUAUAUCUCCUCAAAGAUAUUUAUGGCGUAUAAGCAUAGCACUACACAUAGGUCCACGUCUAAUUAUUGCCAGUGUAUAUCAUUCAUAUUAUCAUAAAAUACUUAAAACAAUUGAAGACGUACCCUCCAAAAUUAUGGGAUCUAGACUUUUAAAUCUAUGUUACUGGUUAAACAUUGCAGAAGUGGCAGCCCUAUGUGGAGUCACAUAUAUCUCUAAUAGGGAAAAUUAUUCUGUGCACGAAAAGAUCUUCAUUCUCUUUAUGAUUAGUUCUCUAACAUAUAUGCUAACAGAAGUGAGAUUGGGUCGUCUUAUAACACCAAAUGCACAAAGUCUUCAGUACAAACAAGCACUUUUUAUAACUAGUCUUGUUAGUACUGUAGGACUUAUUAUUUUCUUCCUAAAGCACAGGCUACUGUGUCAUGAUCUGGCAUUUAGCUGGUUUUCCUUGUGCGAAUAUGUGAUUGCCUCUGCAAAUAUGGGUUUUCAUGUAACUGUAAUUCUAGACUUUCCUAAGGAGCAGCUGAUCGUUGGAAAUGGCUUACCUGCCUUAAAGGUGGAUUAAUUUGUAAUAUUUUAUACUCAUUAUUAUCUUAUUAUUGUCAUCAAAGUGCCUACUGCCACUGUCUGGAAGUGCUAUUGCCAAAAGUGAUACCAUAUAUAUAAAAGUGAUACCAUAUAAUACCGUACUCUAGAUAGCUGAGUAUCCACUGAUAAAUAUUGGUAAAUAUUUCUUAAUAAAAUAAUUGUACAUUAUAUAAAUGAAAUCAAAAUUUUAAUGAAAUCAAAUAUUAAAAAAUUCUCUUAUCUUAAGAAAAAUAAUUACGAAUGCAAGAUCUGUAUAACAGUUGUCGUAAUUUACAUUUCUUCUUUUUAGUAACUUGUUCAGAUUGAUUGUAAAUUUAUUCAAAUCGCGAUUUAUAUUUAAAAGUAUUUAUCAACUAUAUACUUAUUCGAAUAAAUAAUUAAAUUAUAUGAAUAGAUGACUUUUAUUAAAAGAUAUUUUAUAUGUUUAGUGGAUACACGGUUUGAAGCACAAUAUCUUUUCUAUUAGCAGAUUUUAGCGAAAUAGAAUUAAUUUUAUCGUUUUAAGUAAUGCUGCAAUACGUAAGAUAAUUUUGAGCUUAGCAUUUGCUUAGUUGACGACUUUUAUCAUAAAUACACCUUCCAAUUACAAAAAGGCACAAUUGAAAGCUAAAGCCAAAAAGAGAAAAAAAUAUUAAAAAAAAAAUCUAGCGCUUCCAAAGUAUGGCACUGGUAUCUUCCCAGGCAAUGAAAAAUAAUCUUUAA